AUUGUUUCAUUUCAAAUGAUGCUGAAACAUGAAGCGAAACGGUUUGGUUUGUACAUUUUUAAUAAUUACAUCGGUGCUGGGACUGGUAUCAGCGGUGGAAAUUGAUUCCAAUGGCUACCUGGUGUUUUGUCCGUGUAUGGGGCGUUUUGGUAAUCAAGCGGAUCAAUUUUUGGGAACAUUAAGUUUUGCCAAGGCAUUGAAUCGUACACUUGUAUUACCACCAUGGAUAGAAUUUCGACCGGGUGAACCGCGUUCGAUCCAAGUGCCAUUCAACCGAUACUUCCAAGUGGAACCAAUCCAAAAAUACCAUCGUGCCAUUUUGAUGCAAGAUUUUAUGGAGACAAUAGCGGAUGAUGUAUGGCCAAAAGAUCAGCGUAUUUCAUUCUGUUACAUGGAGCGCAAGAGUUUGAUCGGAUCGACAAAGAAGGAUUGCUAUGCAAAGGAGGGUAAUCCAUUUGGUCCAUUUUGGGAUGAGUUCAGCGUUGAUUUUGUUAGUUCCGAGUUUUUCUCACCGUUGCAUUAUGAUGUUUUGCAUACACCGAGCCUGAUUGAUAAAUGGCAACAUAAGUAUCCAGCUGAACAGUGGCCAGUGCUUGCAUUCACCGGUGCUCCGGCCACAUUCCCGGUGCAGAAAGAGAAUGUUGCACUGCAAAAGUAUCUCAUUUGGACGGAAGAGAUGCAAGCGAAAGCAACGAAUUGGGUGAAAUCCACACUGCCAAAGGGCGCCUACUUGGGCAUUCAUCUGCGCAAUGGUGUUGAUUGGAAACGAGCCUGUGAACUGAUCGAUGAAAGUCCAAAGUUAUUUUCAGCACCGCAAUGUGUUGGCUAUCUCAACGAAAAGGGCAAGGCCACAAUGGAUAUGUGCUUUCCAUCGAAAGAGUUGAUCAUCAAGCAAAUUAAACAGGAAAUUAAAACAUAUCAUGCGAAAUAUCCAAACAAUGCGAUUAAAUCCAUUUUCGUUGCAUCGGACAAUGACCACAUGAUUAGCGAAUUGAAUGACGCAUUGAAACGGUUGAAGAUUCAAGCCUUUCGCACCGGCGAACGGAAUCCACAUUUGGAUCUGAUGAUAUUGGAAAAAUCGAAUCUCUACAUUGGCAAUUGCAUCUCAUCAUUUUCAGCAUUUGUUAUUCGAUCUCGAAGUGUACGCGGUUUUCCAUACGCAUUUUGGGCAUUCCAAGAUCCUGCCAUUGCCAGCAUCAAACCCAAAGUUGAAACCACCACACAUAUUCUGCGAGAUGAAUUGUAAACAUAUGCAAAAGCAGUUGUAAAUUCAAAAUGCUCUGGACGAGAGAGAGUCUCUGGCUGAACGAACAAACGGCACGAUUUGUACAUAAUUAUCUCAAGUAUUACCAAAUUUUGAAUUUAAACUCCAUUCUCUCAAUCGCUGCCAAUCCAAGAAUUUAUUCGGAUAAGCAAUUCUACUAUAUUGAAUAAUUUUCGAUUUUAUGACUGAAAUAGUUUUUUUUUUAAGAUAAAAAUCGAUGAAAUUACACAGAAUUUUUUGAAUAAUAAUAAUAAACAUUCUUCAUUUGCAUGGAAAAUGGGUUAACAUUUAUACAUACCUCAAAACCCAAGAAUAACUGAAUAAAAAUUAUUGAUAUUAAAA